AUGCCCAACAUUGUGCUCUUCAGCGGCUCCUCUCACCAGGGCCUGUCCCAGCGUGUGGCUGACCGGCUGGGCCUGGAGCUGGGCAAGGUGGUCGCCAAGAAGUUCAGCAACCAGGAGACCAGCGUGGAGAUUGGCCAGAGUGUGAGAGGGGAGGACGUCUACAUCAUCCAGAGUGGCUGUGGGGACAUCAAUGACAACCUGAUGGAGCUUCUUAUCAUGAUCAACGCCUGUAAAAUCGCCUCUUCCUGCCGGGUGACGGCUGUCAUCCCCUGCUUCCCCUACGCCUGCCAAGACAGAAAGGACAAGACGGGCGAUGGCCGUGCUCCCAUCACGGCCAAGCUUGUGGCCAACAUGCUCUCGGUGGCCGGCGCUGAUCACAUCAUCACCAUGGACCUGCAUGCUUCGCAGAUUCAGGGCUUCUUCGACAUCCCGCUGGACAACCUGUUCGCAGAGCCCGCCAUCCUGCAGUGGAUCCGGGAGAACGUCCCCGAGUGGAGAAGCUGCAUUAUUGUGUCCCCGGACGCGGGUGGCGCCAGGCGGGUGACAUCCAUCGCAGACAGGCUGAACGUGGAAUUUGCACUGAUUCACAAGGACAGGAAGGUGGGGCAGGGGGACCGGAUGGUCCUGGUGGGGGACGUGAAGGGCCGCGUGGCCAUCCUGGUGGAUGACAUGGCUGACACCUGUGGUACCAUCUGCCACGCGGCAGACCAGCUGGUCUCUGCAGGAGCCACCAAGGUCUAUGCCAUCGUGACUCAUGGCGUCUUCUCGGGGCCAGCCAUCGACAGAAUUAACGCUGCUCCCUUCGAGGCUGUGGUGGCCACGAACACAAUUCCACAGGAGGACAGGAUGAAACAGUGCUCCAAGAUUCAGGUCCUUGACAUUUCCAUGAUCUUGGCGGAGGCCAUCCGGAGGACUCAUAACGGUGAAUCUGUGUCUUACCUGUUCAGCCACGUUCCCUUGUAA